AUUAGGGUUUUUAGCAGAUUUAUCAAGCAAAGUUCGGACCUUUUCUUUUCAGUCCUUUUUUUUUUUUUUUAAAUUACUGGUUGGAGGUAAAUUCAGAAAGGGCAAAUUGCAGCCGCCAAUGCGAUUUGUUUCGUCGCAAUUGUUUGAUUAUUCCGGUGAAUUUUUUGGGGGGAAACCGAACAAAUUGAAAGCCUUGUUUUGAGCUGAUCAAUGUCUUGGGCCGGGCCGGAAGAUGUCUACCUCUCUACUUCUCUUGCUAGUUAUCUUGACAAGAAACUUCUUGUAUUACUUCGAGACGGCCGGAAACUAUUAGGGAUUCUUCGUUCCUUUGAUCAAUUUGCAAAUGCUGUGUUAGAAGGUGCAUGUGAGCGUGUUAUUGUCGGUGAUUUAUAUUGUGACAUCCCAUUAGGCCUAUAUGUUAUCCGUGGGGAAAACGUUGUCUUAAUCGGGGAGCUGGAAAUGGACAAGGAUGAGCUUCCUCCACAUAUGACUCGUGUUUCAACAGAAGAGAUAAAAAGAGCACAAAAAGCAGAAAGGGAGGCUUCAGAGCUCAAGGGUACAAUGAUAAAGAGGAUGGAUUUUCUCGACAUGGAUUAAUUAAUUACGCGUGUUCAUAUUUACACAGGCGCCACUUCCUAACUUGUCGAUACCGCACUUUCUGAAAACAUUUAACAUGGAUCCACUAUUGCCAUAAAAAAAAAAAACAUCGCUUUCUCUCUCAACGGUCAAUUCGCCUCCGCAGGGUUUAGUGUAAGAUUUCAUUUUCUGUUUAAGCAUGAUUUUUUCACCUGCGGAAGAAAACGGAGAUUUUACGAAGAAACUGGGAUUAGGUUUUCGACUUUUAUUAUGUUGUGAGAAAUAGUUAAAGAAAUCUGGGGUUCUUCCGUAUAUUUUGUUCUGGAAGGAUUUCGGGUUUUUUCGGUUUAGUUUUGUAUAAACUUAUGAUUAUUUCAAUUCUUGAUGAAUAUUUCGUUUGCAAUAUGCG